UCCAAUUUCCAUGCAGACAGUAAAGAAGUAGAAACCCUAAGCUUGUCUUUCAUUAUGACGAAUUGGUCAGAAUUGGACUGCGAUCUUUUAUCUGAAAUCGCCAAUCGAAUAAAUUGUUUGCGAGAUUUUAUCAUCUUUGGCGCGGUUUGCAGUUCAUGGCGAUUAGUUGCUUUGCCGGAGAAUUUCAAAAAAUCGACCAGAGUUCCGUGGCUUUUGCUGGAUCGAGAUAGGGAUGAUCAUAGCCCCCGCAAGUUUCUCAACCUUUCGAAAGAUGUAAUUUACGGAAUCAAUCUACCAAAAUAUAAUCUGCCAAUAUAUAAUUUAUCGAAUCGAUUUAGUAUUCGUUCUAAUAUUAAGGAAAACAACUAUGUUUAUUCUUCGAAAGGAUGGUUUUUGAAUGUUGAUAAUCAUUCCCAAUUAUAUCUUUUGAAUCCUUUUUCGCUCUCGAGAAUUAAUCUGCCUGAUUCUUUCAAAGAAAUUGUUAAACAUAGAUUAUUACUCAAUUUUGCCUUAUCCUCCAGUCCAAGCGUCGCAUCGGAUUUUAUGAUAAUGAUAAUUUACUAUUCGCAUGGAACGAUGAACGUAGGUUUUUGGAAAAAUGGAGAUUGCCAAUGGACUGAUGUAGACCUCAAAUUGCAUACAUGUGAUUUGGAUAUCACAUACCACAAUGGUCGAUUCUAUAUUGUCUGCGAUGUUGAAUCUGGAGCAGAAUAUGUUGUUCAUGAAAUUGACAUUCAUAAUUCUCAGUUUGUUUCGAUAAGCAGCAAAUUUCUCAAUCUUUAUCCCUCUCUAUUGCAUUUAUGUAAUCCAUAUUGGAUAGUUGGAUUAUCUCGAGAACUGAUGAUAGUCACUUGGGGUUUGGAUUACGAGUCUAGAGAUGAGGAUGGAGAUAUUAAAAUUAUCGAGGAUCUGUAUACACAUUUUGAGUUUAUAAUUCAAGAGAUUGACUUCGAGAAAGGAUCAUGUAAAAAGGUGACUAAUUUAGGACAUGAAGCUUUAUUUUUGGGAUUUAACUCUUCUUUCUUGGUUGAUGUAUCGAAUGAAUCAAAAUUUAAGUCCAAUCACAUUUACUUUGCUGAAAACUUUCAACAAACUUAUUCGUUUAAAAGUAGCGUAAGUGUUGGUGUUUACAGCAUGAUGGAUGGAUCAUACGAGCCGCUUUUCAGUGAGGCAGACUCUGGUUAUCGCUGUUCUAGUCAAUGGAUCGAACCAAGACCCUGAUCCUUAGUUAUGGGUGUAAUCGUUAUGACAUGAGAAAAUGUUGGAGUUUUUUGAUUGAUUACAAGUCCCUGACCCUUAGUGAUGGGAGUAACCGAUUCCCGCAAGAUCGACUUUCGUACGUAAUGUAGGACAAAUGUGAAGUGGUUGGAUAUAUCUAAUGAUCGGUUGGUUACAUUCCUAUUCUUAGUAGUAGAGUAGGUUGUUUCUUUUCAUUUUCUAGUUUCUAAGUAUUAUCUUAUUUAACAUUAUUAUUACUGUUGGCUGGACAUUCAAAGUUAGCCAGUCCUGCAUUCCUAUGCCCUGUUACAUGAUUAUUUUUAUUGCUUUAUUAUUAAAGUUGGUACUGGCUAUAGUUUGAAAGCAACAUUAGUACAAGGUUGGGUUGUGUAACUUAUGAUGAUAAUUUCCAGCAUCCGAGUUCAAUUUAUAAGAAGAAUUAGGGUUUAUGAAUUUUCAUUUUUCAUUGAGACCUUAAAGAAGUAGAAACCCUAAUUAUGAAGAAGACGGUGAGGACUUGCUCCGAAUUGGACAGCGAUCUUUUAUCUGAAAUCGUUAAUCGAAUCAAUUGCCUACGAGAUUUUAUCAUCUUUGGCGCGGUUUGCAGGUUAUGGCGAUCGGUUGCUUCGCCGGAGAAAUUCAACAAAUCGACCAAAGUUCCAUGGUUUAUGCCCGAUCAAGAUGAGGAUGAUCACAGCCCCCGUAAGUUUCACAACCUUUCGAAAGAUGUAAUUUACAGAAUCAAUCUACCAAAAUUUCGUUUUUCUCCACCUUAUAAUUGGAAAAAAAUUAUGGGUCCUAAUACUAUGGAAAGAGACUAUGUUUAUUCUUCAAAAUGAUGGUUUUUGAUUGUUGAUGAGAAUCAUUUACAAUUAAGUCUUUUGAAUCCGUUUUCGCUCUCCAGAAUUGAUCUGCCACAUUCUUUUCGUAACUCAAAGGAUAUUUUUAAACGUCAAAACAUUAUUAGUUUUGCCUUAUCGUCCUCUCCAAGCGUUGCAUCUGAUUUCGUGAUACUGGUAGCUUAUAUGUAUGAAUCAAAUGAUGUAAACUUAGGUUUUUGGAGAAAUGGAGAUCGCAAGUGGACUAACUUAGAUCUCAAAUUUCGUACCGAAAAUGCGAAUAUCACAUAUCACAAUGAGCUAUUCUAUGUUGCUCCUGAUAUUUAUUCUUCAGCAGGAUUUUCUAUUUAUGAAAUUGACCUUCGAAAUACUGAAUCUGUUUCAAUAAGCAGCAAGUCGUUUACAAAUCCGUAUCCGCCUGUGCUUUAUGACAAUCCAUUUUGGAUAGUUGAAUCAUCUCGAGUGCUGAUGAUGGUCUCUCGGAGAGACACUUCUAAGGAUAAGGAUGGGGAUGGGGAUGAGAUUAAGUUGUUCAGGUGUCCUUAUUCUCAUGUCAUGUAUUGUGAGUUUAUAAUUCAAGAGAUUGAUUUUGAGAAAGGGGAUUGUAAAAGGGUGAAUGAUUUAGGAGAUGAAGCUUUGUUUUUGGGACAUGCCUCUUCUUUCUUGGUUGAUGUAUCGAACGAAUCAAGAUUUAAGUCCAACCAUAGUUACUUUGCUGAAAACUUUCUAGAGAAGUGGUCAUAUCCCAGGGCAGGAGGCGUUGGUGUUUAUAGCUUGAUCGAUGGAUCAUCGGGGUGGUUCACCAAGUUCGACUCUCGUUAUCCUUGUUCUAGUUAUUAUUGUUCUAGUCAAUGGAUCGAACCAAGACUCUGAUACUCUCUGACGGGUGUAAUCGAGUCCCAUCGGUUGAUUUUGUAAAAGCUUCUAAUUAUUAUUUUUUAUUGUUAAA